AUGGGUCCUGCAAGGAAAAAGCAGAGGCUGUCGAACGGCAGCGCUGUCACUGUUGAACAGCACGACGACAGCGUAGAAGACACACCUCAGGCAGCAACCGAAACAUCUGCAGAAGCGCAAGAGAAAGCCGUCCAGCAAAAGCGAUCUCUCUUUGUCCGCUCCUUACCGCCCACGGCCACUUCCGAGACUCUCACCGACCUCUUUUCCGAGUCAUACCCCAUCAAGCACGCUGUCGCCGUAAUCGACAAUGAGAAGAAAGAGUGCAAAGGAUACGGCUUCGUGACGUUCGCAGACGCCGAGGAUGCUGCGAAAGCGAAGCAAGAGUUCAACGGCCAUGUCCUGGACGGUCGCAAGCUCCGCAUCGAGAUCGCCGAGCCCAGACAGCGUGAAGGCGAGGGCGGGCAUGAGAAGCAUGGAAAGAAGCAGGAAGCGCCGCAGCAGACAAAGCUCAUUGUGAGGAAUCUGCCAUGGAGCAUCAAGCGAGAUCGGGAUCUCGAGAAGGUCUUCUUGAGCUUCGGAAAGGUCAAGAAAGCGUAUAUUCCCAAGAAGGGACCUGGAUUGAUGGCUGGCUUCGGAUUUGUUGUGAUGCGAGGACGGAAGGCUGCGGAGAAAGCGAUCGAGGGCGUCAAUGGGCAGGAGAUCGAUGGAAGGACACUAGCUGUUGAUUGGGCUGUGGAGAAGAACGCUUACCAGGGGGCAGCGAAUGAGAGUGAGGAGCAGGAAGAGGAGGCAGAGGAGGCAGGUGGCGGUGUUACUCUGGGUGGUGCCGAUGAGGAGCACAUUGAUCAGGACGUUUCAGACGCAGAAGAGGACGGCAGCGAAGGUGGAGGCAGCGACGAAGAUGAGCCAGAUGAGGAAGACCUCGACAUGGACGAAGAGGAGGAGCGAGAGCCCCGGCAACCAGAUGACCGGUCUUCUACGAUCUUUGUUCGCAAUCUGCCUUUCACAUGCACGGACGAGGACCUCGAAGAUCACUUCUCGCAGUUCGGCAGCACACGAUACGCGAGAGUAGUCAUGGACUAUGGGACCGAGCGCUCCAAAGGCACUGGCUUCGUGUGCUUCUACAGGAAAGAGGACGCCGACGCAUGCAUACGAAAUGCCCCAGCACGAAUCCCAGCGCCAUCUGCGGACAAGAGUAGCAAGGACGGACAACCUGCAUUGCAAACACGCUCGAUACUGCAGAAUGAGGACCAAGACCCCACCGGCCAGUACACAUUGGAUGGUCGAGUGGUGCAGGUCUCGAGGGCAGUAGACAAAUCGGAAGCUGGCAGAUUGACCGAAGAGGGUGUGGCGAGUCGGUACAAGCGCGAUACCGACAAGCGCCGACUGUAUCUGCUUUCGGAAGGAAGCAUACCAUCGAACUCGAAGUUAUGGCAACCGCUGCCACCGUCAGAACAGGCUAUGCGCGAGGCCAGCGCAAAGCAACGUAAGGCUCUCAUCGAGAGCAAUCCGUCCCUCAAUCUGAGUCUCACUCGUCUGUCUGUUCGCAACCUACCACGUUCCAUCGAUUCCAAGGCACUCAAGCAGCUCGCGCGUGAAGCGGUCGUCGGUUUUGCUACGGAUGUGAAAGCGGGUCUGAGACAGCAACUCUCCAAGGAAGAGGUGUCCCGCGGAGGCGAAGAGAUGCGAGAAGCGGAUUUGGCUCGCAAGAAGAAAGGCAAGGGCAUUGUGAAGCAAGCUAAGGUCGUGUUCGAGAGCGCUGGUGGAAGCAAAGUCAGCGAAGAGACUGGUGCUGGCCGCAGCCGUGGGUACGGCUUCAUCGAAUACUACACUCACCGGAAUGCGCUUCAGGGUCUGCGGUGGUUGAACGGCCACGCAAUAGGCUACCAGGUCAAGGACGGACAGGGCAAGCUGAGCCGAGAAGACAUGCAGGAUCGCAAGAAGAGAUUGAUUGUGGAAUUUGCGAUCGAGAACGCGCAGGUGGUUAUGCGCAGGAACGACAGCGAGAAGAAGGCCCGCGAACGAAGCCGUGCUGUCCAGGACGGCACGGUUGUCAAGGAUGGUGACACUGCUUCGAAACCAUCUAAGAGACCCGCCAAGCAUGAGAAGCCGGGUUCGCGGAAGCGCAAGAGAGCACCCGAGAGCGCACAGAAGGCUCCAGAGUCGGACAAGGCUAAGAAGGAGCCGAAGAAGCCGAUUGAUGAAAAGCUGGCUCGGCGUAACCAGAUCAUAGGCAGAAAGCGUGCGAUGAGGAAGAAUAGGAAAGGCGGCAAGUAA